CCGUUGGCUCCGCCACCGCUGCCGCCACCACCGCCGCCUCACACACUCGGGGAGCGGGAGCGCGGCGCGGACGCGAAGCCGCCGGGGCUGCUGUGCCCAAAGCCAGCCGGAGCCGAGCCUGAACCGCAGCGCCAGCCAGAGCCGUGCCGUGCCGAGCCGCAGCCCGGGCCGGGGCCGGUGGCGGCUCAUGGACUGCAGGGCCCGCGGCCUGCGCUGCCCACAGGCGGCCCUCCUGAUUCUGGAGCCUGCCCGGAUGGGGUCCCUGAGGCGCAGCCCAGGCCCUGGGGGGCAACGGUUGCUGCCGCCUGCCUUGCUGCUGGCCCUUCUGCUGCUGCUGGCUCCGUCCCCAGGCCACGCCACUCGGGUGGUGUACAAGGUGCCAGAGGAGCAACCGCCCAACACCCUCAUUGGGAGCCUCGCAGCCGAUUACGGUUUUCCAGACGUGGGCCACCUAUACAAACUAGAAGUAGGCGCCCCGUACCUGCGGGUGGACGGCAAGACAGGCGACAUCUUUACCACGGAGACCUCUAUCGACCGCGAGGGGCUCCGAGAAUGCCAGAACCAGCUCCCUGGUGAGCCCUGCAUCCUGGAGUUUGAGGUGUCUAUCACGGACCUCGUGCAGAAUGGCAGCCCCCGGCUGCUAGAGGGCCAAAUAGAGGUCCAGGACAUCAAUGACAACACGCCCAACUUCGCCUCACCAGUCAUCACGCUGCCCAUUCCCGAGAACACCAACAAUGGCUCACUCUUCUCCAUCCCAGUGGCUUCGGACCGCGAUGCUGGCCCCAACGGUGUGGCAUCCUAUGAGCUGCAGGUGGGGCCCGAGGCCCAGGGGCUCUUUAAGCUGCAGGUGGCAGAGGACCAGGACGGAAAGCAGCCGCAGCUCAUCGUGAUGGGCAACCUGGACCGGGAGCGCUUGGACUCUUAUGACCUCACUAUCAAGGUGCAGGAUGGUGGCAACCCCCCACGCGCCAGCAGCGCCCUGCUGCGGGUCACUGUGCUCGACACCAAUGACAAUGCCCCCAAGUUCGAGCGGCCGUCCUACGAGGCUGAGCUGUCUGAGAACAGCCCCAUAGGACACUCAGUCAUCCAGGUGAAGGCCAAUGACUCUGACCAAGGUGCCAACGCAGAGAUCGACUACACGUUCCACCAGGUGCCCGAGGUUGUGAGGCGUCUUCUGAGACUGGACAGGAACACGGGACUUAUCACUGUGCAGGGCCCCGUGGACCGUGAGGACCUAAGCACCCUGCGCUUCUCGGUGCUUGCCAAGGACCGAGGCACCAACCCCAAGAGUGCCCGAGCCCAAGUGGUGGUGACCGUGAAGGACGUGAACGACAAUGCCCCCACCAUUGAGAUCCGGGGCAUAGGGCUGGUGACUCACCAAGACGGGAUGGCUAACAUCUCAGAGGACGUGGCAGAAGAGACAGCUGUGGCCCUGGUGCAGGUAUCUGACCGAGAUGAGGGAGAAAACGCAGCUGUCACCUGUGUGGUGGCAGGUGAUGUGCCCUUCCAGCUCCGCCAGGCCAGUGAGACGGGAAGUGACAGCAAGAAGAAGUACUUCCUGCAGACCACCACCCCGCUCGACUAUGAGAAGGUCAAAGACUACACCAUCGAGAUUGUGGCCGUGGACUCUGGCAACCCCCCACUCUCGAGCACCAACUCCCUCAAGGUGCAGGUGGUGGAUGUCAAUGACAAUGCACCUGUCUUCACCCAGAGCGUCACUGAGGUCGCCUUCCCAGAAAACAACAAGCCAGGUGAAGUGGUCGCCGAGGUCACUGCCAGUGAUGCCGACUCGGGCUCCAAUGCUGAGCUGGUUUACUCUCUGGAGCCUGAGCCGGCUGCCAAGGGCCUCUUCACCAUCUCACCUGAGACUGGAGAGAUCCGGGUGAAGACAUCCCUUGAUAGGGAACAGAGGGAAAGCUACGAGUUGAAGGUGGUGGCAGCCGACCGGGGCAGCCCCAGCCUCCAGGGCACAGCCACCGUCCUUGUCAACGUGCUGGACUGCAAUGACAAUGACCCCAAGUUCAUGCUGAGUGGCUACAACUUCUCAGUGAUGGAGAACAUGCCGGCGCUGAGUCCAGUGGGCAUGGUGACGGUCAUUGAUGGGGACAAGGGGGAGAACGCCCGGGUGCAGCUCACGGUGGAGCAGGACAAUGGUGAUUUUGUUAUCCAGAACGGCACGGGCACCAUCCUCUCCAGCCUGAGCUUCGAUCGGGAGCAGCAAAGCACCUAUACCUUCCAGCUGAAGGCGGUGGACGGCGGCGUCCCACCUCGCUCGGCCUACGUUGGCGUCACCAUCAACGUGCUGGAUGAGAAUGACAACGCGCCCUUUAUCACCGCCCCUUCCAACACCUCCCACCGGCUGCUGACCCCCCAGACCCGUCUGGGCGAGACGGUCAGCCAGGUGACAGCUGAGGACAUUGACUCUGGUGUCAACGCUGAGCUGACCUAUAGCAUCGCCGGCGGCAACCCUUACGGACUCUUCCAGAUUGGGUCGCAUUCCGGCGCCAUCACCCUGGAAAAGGAGCUUGAGCGGCGCCACCACGGGCUGCACCGCUUAGUGGUGAAGGUCACUGACCGCGGCAAGCCCCCUCGCUCUGGCACAGCCUUGGUCCACCUGUAUGUCAAUGACACCCUGGCCAACCGCACCCUGCUGGAGACCCUGCUGGGCCACAGCCUGGACACGCCGCUGGACAUCGACAUUGCUGGGGAUCCGGAAUACGAGCGCUCCAAGCAGCGCGGCAACAUCCUGUUUGGCGUGGUGGCGGGUGUCGUGGCCGUGGCCUUGCUCAUCGCCCUGGCCGUGCUCGUGCGCUACUGCCGGCAACGGGAGGCCAAGAGUGGCUACCAGGCUGGCAAGAAGGAGACCAAGGACCUGUAUGCCCCCAAGCCCAGCAGCAAAGUUUCCAAGGGAAACAAAAGCAAGGGCAAGAAGAGCAAGUCUCCCAAGCCCGCGAAGCCGGUGGAGGACGAGGAUGAGGCCGGGCUGCAGAAAUCCCUCAAGUUCAACCUGAUGAGCGAUGCCCCUGGGGACAGCCCCCGCAUCCACCUGCCCCUCAACUACCCACCAGGCAGCCCUGACCUCGGCCGCCACUAUCGCUCUAAUUCCCCACUGCCUUCCAUCCAGCUGCAGCCCCAGUCACCCUCCGCCUCCAAGAAGCACCAGGUGGUGCAGGACCUGCCACCAGCCAACACUUUCGUAGGCACUGGGGACACGACGUCCACGGGCUCUGAGCAGUACUCCGACUACAGCUACCGCACCAACCCCCCCAAAUACCCCAGCAAGCAGGUAGGCCAGCCCUUGAAGCUCAGCAUACCCCGGCCCCCACCCCACCCCUACCACGGGGCCAUCUGGACCGAGGUGUGGGAGUAACAGAGCUGGUGUCUCGGGCCUGCCGUGCUCACCAGCCCAAGUCGGUGGUGGGAGGUGGAGCCAAAGAUCGGGGGAUGCUGGGACCGCUGAUGACCCUGCUGCCUCACCCAGGCUUGGAGGGUCGGGCCGAAUGCAAACUGAGGGUGUGCUCCGUGUCCCCCCCUCCCCCGCUCCGCACUGGGAGAGGCCUGUGGCUUGUCACAUUCUGGGACACUGGACCACCCGCUGGGUCCUGCAGGUGGGGACUGAUGGGUAGGUGAGCAGAAGGGUUUGGAGGCAGAAGCGGGGAGGGAAAUGGAGAAGAAGUCUCCUACAAACGUGGGUCUCUGUCCGAGACCAGCCAUGGGUGCUUCUCUAGAGGGGAAAGGGGGAGACCUGGGGUCCUGGUGGGUAACCAGGUGGACGCUCUGUCAGGGAAGGGGGCCUCCCCACUUGUGCCUUCUCUGUGUACUGUGUGUCACCCUCUUCCCCACCCCAGACUCCUGGGGCUGGGCCCCAGUUCCCCUCCCCCAGCCCCAAACACUUCACCCUGAUAAUAAAGUUCUCUAUUUUUGGAGUUUUGGCUUCUUAUUUUCCUGGAACUGAGAGAAGGAGCGAGAGAGACUGGAAACAGCCCUUUGUCCGAUGUCCUGCCUCACUUUCCCCAUCCCUGCUCUUUGUCCCUUCCCCCGUCCCAGACCUGCCCCUCUGCCCCAACCCUAUCUUAAUUGACCAGGUCCCCCCGCCGCCCCACCAUGACCAUGUCCAUGAUUGGGGGAAGUGCUUUCUGAGCAGGCUUCAAAUGGAGCUGUCCAGCAGUGUCCCCUUCCCUCACGUUUGUGAGACCUCCCUGGGAAUGGCACCCUUUACCAAGAAAGCGGAUGGAGAUGCACCCAAGUCCUGCCCUUUCUCUGCUGGCUGAGACUUGACCUUUCCCAUUUGUGCACAUCGGAGCAUCUCCCAACAGAGCUCAGACCAGAGCAGCUGGUGGGGGUGGAGUGCAGCCUGGCUGCCUCAGGUGAAGGCAGAGAACCUCUUAAUUAUACCAGCCACCUUCCCUCGAGGUAAGAUCGUCCCAAGUCCUUUUCCCAGCCUAUUCAUCCCAAUACCGCUCAACACCCAGCAAUUAGCCUGCUCUGCCCUGUGUCUUCCCACCAUGGUCACCAGUCUGGGCUGCCGGGAGGGAGGACCCAGGGAGAGGGGAGGAUGUCCCCCAGUGCUAUGGACUGACCUGCUCCGUAUCCCCACUGCUGACCAGGGCUGAGGCGCCCUAUCCGGCCCCCUCCCUUCCCUUCCUUCAGCUCCUUGCUCUGGCCACCCUGAGCUGCUAGCUCUCACUCACUCUCUCUCUCUCCGUCUCUCACUUCUUGCUCUCCUGGGUCUGCCCUGUCUCUGGCUGUGCCUGAGGAGGAGGCUAAAGUCUGGGUGAGGGGCCUCAGGUCCUGGGGGAGUCUCUGAGGCCAGAGGCAACCUAUCUCCAUGGCGACUGAAGAGGCUUGAGACACUCCCAGGAGGUCCAGGGUGCCAGCUCUCUACUCUGAUUCCGUCCACAAACUCCCCAAUGCCCCGGGGUAUCCCCAAAGUAAAAACUCCUAGGGGCUUUGGAGGAGUGGUGCAUGGGGAAGUGAAAUCUGGUUUCAUCGCGUUUCCCUUGGACAAAUAAGCAUCUCUAGGGUCACCUCCAGCAGCUCCUGACCAAUCAUUCUUUCUCUUUUGUUCCUCUCCUUGCUGCUACCGCCUCUCUCUUUCUUAUGUUCCUUUAGCUCCUUAAUCUCUUUUUCUUUCUCAAGGUCUGAGGGAUUAUCCCUUACUCGGCUCCAGUCCAACCCAUCCGUGGAGCCACACUGAACAUUCAAACACAACAAAACCACAACACCAGUGUCAUCAUUAAGACACAUAGGCUGAAUCCCUACUGUGUGCUCAGCAUAGUAUUAGACCUUGAGGGAAAAAUGGUCACAUUUCUACAAGACAUACAAGUAACAAGAUGAGGCAGUUGAGAAUCGUGGUGUCGAUUCUCACCAGUGAGAACUGCCACAUAUUAAAGCUCUUCCCAACUUGUUCUACCACUUCUGCCACGACUUGCUUCCAUUUUUUUGAGUCCUUACCAGGUGCAACGUACCAUGCUGAGCAUUUUAUGUGAAUUAGCUCAUCCACUGCUCAUAACUCUUUGUGAUGCAGGUCAUUUUACAGAAGUGAAAACUAGUUAGCGACGGAGUCAAAUUCAAACACAAAUCAUCAGGAAAUCUGAUUGCCAGAGUCUGCUGUUUUCCGUUAUGCUAUAAAAAAGGGGUUCCAAGACUAAGUUCACAUUAACCUGUUAAAGGCUCUGCAAAGCCUGCAAGAAGGGAAAACCUGUUAAACUUUGUGUAACUCUGGGUUUUCCAAAUUUAUUUGACCAUGGUGCCCCCUCCCUUUCUUUGAGGCACAUAGUACGAGAAAACAUGCAUAGGACAUGGGAGUGGGCUUCUGGGAGGGGAAUGAGAACCCUGAGCUGGCUCUUCAUAAAGUGAGGAGCUGGAGUUGGACGGGAGGCUGAGCCAAUCCCGAGGUGAGGCGGGAGUGAGCGAGCGUGACCAAGUCAGAGGCAGGGGGAGGGCAGAAAGGGGAUUCUGGCUGGAGUGGAGGGUAUAGGAGGGAGCUGAGACAGGAGACUGGAAGACUGUAGGUUGUAGAGGACAUAGAUGCUUUGCCAAAAGUUCCUUAAGAAGAAGUGGGAGGCCCUGAAAGCUCAUGAGUUUUGGAUGAACUGAGUUUUAGAGAGUUUACUGGAGUGUAUGGUGGAUUUAAGGUGGGUAGAGGUGAAGGUACAGGACUGCACCUCUAAGGUCUGAGCAAGGAUGGUGGAAAAGAGCAUGAUGGAUGGAUGGAUCAGGCUGACCUUCUGGAGAAACGACCCACAGAACUCAAGGGAUAAUUGGAUAUGGGAUAAGGAUGGGGAGUGAGUGGAGAGCUACCAGGAUCCCCAGAUAGAUAUCAUCCUUCUGCAUCUGGGUGGUAGGAUGAUGAGAUCUUUGCCCAUGCAGACACUGAGUAAAGAAAAAGAAUUUGGUUUCAGGCAUGUUGAAUCUGAAGGGUCCAUAGGGACGGCCGAUUGGAAAUAACCAGCAAGGGUCUAGAACUUCUGGACUAGGGUCUGAGAGAGAUUUUGGAUCUAGGCUUUUUAAGAUUUGAUAGUCAUAGAAUGAUAGGGAAUAUUUAGUGUUGAGUAUGACCCAACCCUCCAUUUUACAGAAAAGAAUCAUAGGAAAAAGACCAAGUGAUGUGCCUAGGAGGCAGGACUGAAGCCUUGGAUUACCGGGCACAGGUUCUGCAGGGAGGGAGGGCUGCUGGCUAAUGUCUUAAAAGAAAACUGGAAAGAAAAACACCCAACAGCCAGACUGCCCUGUGCCUCCCAGACCCUCCUGGAACCUAUUCACUCCAUCACCAGGUGGACGUGCUCCUUUACAUCCUCCCAGCCCCAAGUAUCAGGUCAGUUUUGGGGAUCUUGUCUGUCAUCACCCAGACCUUUCAGUGUUUUGGAUCCCAACGUGGAUCUCAAGAAGGGUUGCCUAUGCCUGAAGGUGGGGUGGGAGCCAAGGUGGGAAGGCGGCUCCAAAGCUCCCUGUGCUGACAACCUCCCUUACCCCAGCUGCCUUGGAUGGCACGGAAAUUGUGUAGGGUAUCAGGAGGGUGGGUCUGCAGACCUGGGACACCCUCCUCUGGCCAUCUUGAGAACCUCCUAUUGAGAGUUUUAAAGACAAAGCACCACAAGGUCUUAGAGGAUUAGAAGGAGCCUGGAGACUCGUCAGCAGGGCCCUGGGCCUGGGCUGCUCCCACCCCUGGCCCACAGGGGCCCGGGUCUGUGCCCUCCACAACUUCUAAUUUCCAGUUGGCAGGAGAACCAGUGGUGGUUCCAGGUGGGUGUUUGGGGGAUGGGUUGGUUGUACCGAGUGCCAGGCUGAGGUUGCCAGAUCGUCAACCCAUGGCAGGCAGGCAGGGCUGCUGUCUGGGAGCAGCCUGUCCCUGUUGCCCUCCCUCCACCCCAGUCCCCGCGCCAAGCUCCUAAAUCCUGGCUCUACCAAGCCAGCGGCCCCUCCCGGAAGCUCCUUCCUCUUUCCUAGAAGGAGUCUCCGUUCGAAGAAGCCAGCCUUCCGAAUCCCUGAUGUCUGCUGGGCCCCUCCCCCUAUGCCCAGGUCCUCCUGGGCCCUGCCCGCUCCAGUUAAUACUGUUUCCUGAUCUGGAGGACUGGGGAGUUCCCAGUGUUCUGCUACCCCACCCCCAAGGUGCCCAGGCUCCCUUUCCCUCUUCCCUCCCACCUUUUUCCACUCCCAGGCCUCUCUGAAGGGGAACGCGGUGGGCAGCUGGGUGGGUGAGGACUCAGCAGGGAGUCCUGCCUAUGGCAUUACAGACCAGGGGUGAGGAACAGAAGAUCAGAAAGAGGUUAGCACCCCACUGGCUGGAGGCAAUGAGAAGUUAACAGAGCAAUGAGACAGGUGAGGAGCUGGAGUCUGGAGGGUGCUAUUUGGAAAUCAGGGAACUGUUCUGGUAUUGGUGAGCUGUUGUGGAAUUAGGAGUCUGUCCUGCUUUUAGGGAGCUGUUGUAAAAACUGGAGGCUUGCUGGUGUUUAGAGGCUAUGCUGGAAUUAGGGGAGUUGGCUGGUGUUGUGCUGUUUUGGUGUUGGCUGUCUGGAAUUAAACAGAGGCCGUGCCAGUACUGGGAAGCUGUGCUCUAACAAGUGGUUGUACUGGAUUAAGCUUAUUGUGCUGGCCUGGGAGCUAUCAUAACACUGGGGCCUGUGCUGUGUUGGGACUUCCAGUGCGUGGUCCUGGCUGUCCGGGGAGCUGACCUAGAAUCAAGGGGCAGUCCUCUAUUAAGGUCUCUGCUUUCUGGGGGGGUUCUGCUGUGCUAGGGGGCUGGGCCUCUUCCUGGUUGCUGUUGAGGCCUAGAGGGCUAGGAGCUCUAGGGGUGGGCUUGGCUGGGGCUGUAGCCCGGUGCGGUGGUGGCCCCGUGGCGCAGGCUGGCCGGCUGGCAGUGACACU